UAAUCCCUUAUUCCGUUCUCGAGCUGUGCUUCUCCACUUCACAGCCACGGACGACGGUUCAUCACUUCUCCUUCGUCUUUCACCGCCUCCCCCUCCGGCCUCUGCCCUCGCUCCUCUGUCCUCACAUCCUCAGACGGUCAGACGUCACUUCGUCGAUUCAGCCGUCUCAGCGGCGACCGUACGGGACUCAGGCACUCAGUGGCUUUGUGGAACUCACCUCAGCCAGUCAGCCUUCUGCGCCUCUGCUUCACUGAGUCACUGUAAAUCCAAGGCUCAAGUAAGAUGAUCGGUCGGUUAUAGCAUUUACUUUGGUCGGUUAUGACAGUAAAAAAUUCCAAUUGGUUUUUCUGUCGGUUAUGUAAUUGACUGACCGUUAGCUCACCCUAGCUAGGUGUUUGAGUGUUUCUAGUUUUCUUCUAGUUUGAGUGUUUCUGCUUCCGGUCUCCGCCUCUUCUAUUGUUUAUAAUCUGAAAGUUCCAGCCUUGAAGGCUGGAAGUUGAAGACUAGAAAUUCAGAGCCAAGCUACUUCCCCAACAUUGUUCUCGAGUCUCCAAAAAAAGUAUUCGAGAUUGAGAAGCCAUUGAAGGAACUCUUGCUCUCAUUUCCAGCUCAGGAAAUCAAUAUUGGUCACCUUCUUCAUGGCAAUUGAUAAAACAGAACAUCUUCAAACCUCAGCAUGUUGGCGGAAACACUCUCCCGGGGAAUCCAAUGUUGUUUCAAAUCCAAACCGAUUUCCCAAAACCUCUUUCCUUUAUCAACCUUCAUUAGACACAGUCAUAGCUUUCCCGACCAGAGCUUCGAAGAUUUCCCGGAGAACUGCCGCGAACUCGGCCACACUGAUCGCACUUUGGACCCGGAGUCCACUUCAAGCUCCGCCACCGCUCUCGAAAUUCAAACCAUUCUCAAGCUUCAGGCCAACAAAUCGAUCACUGGAAUACAUAGCUCUCUCAGUGAAAGAAGUUUGACCUUGACGGAGGAGUUGGUUCUCGAUGUGCUUAAACGGCACCGUUCUGAUUGGAAGCCGGCAUAUGCAUUCUUCAGUUGGGUGCUAGAAGGGGGAAACCGCACUGGGUACUCGCCGGGGACUGGUGUUUACAACGAAAUGCUCGACAUUCUGGGAAAAAUGAGACGUUUUGAUGAACUGAACGAGAUGCUCGACGAAAUGUCUGAAAGAGGAAAUUUGUUCAGUGAAAGAACAUAUGGCAUUGUUGUUAACAGGUAUGCGGCAGCUCACAAAAUUGAAGAAGCUAUACAAUUUUUGUACAAGAGGAAAGAGUUUGGGCUAGAGAUUGAUUUAAUUGCUUUCCAAACACUGUUAUUGUCAUUGUGCCGGUACAAGCACGUUGAGGCAGCAGAGUUCUUGUACCAUAACAAGAAAAAGGAGUUCAGGGAUGAGAUCAAAACGAGAAACAUUAUCUUGAAUGGCUGGUGUGUUUUGGGGAGAUUACGCGAAGCCAAGAGGUUUUGGAAUGAUAUUGUGACUUCUAAGUGCAAGCCUGACAAGUUUACAUAUGGGAUAUUCAUCAAUUCAUUGUGCAAGGCUGGGAAAAUAAGCACAGCAGUGAAAUUGUUUCAGGCCAUGUGGGAGAAAGGGUGCAAGCCAGAUGUGGCUAUCUGCAAUUGCAUCAUUGAUGGGUUGUGUUUCAAGAAGAGGAUCCCCGAGGCUCUUGAGAUUUUCCGAGAAAUGAAUGAGAGAGACUGCUUACCAGAUACUGCUACUUACAAUUCAUUGAUCAAGCAUAUGUGCAAGAUCAGUAGGAUGGAGAAGGUGCAUGAGCUUUUGGGGGAGAUGGAAGAAACCGGCGAGGGCUGUUCACCAAAUGCUAGAACUUAUGGUUACUUGAUAAAUUCUGCCAAGAAUCCAGAGGAAGUUUCUCAGAUCUUGGAAAGAAUGGAGAAGAAAGGGUGUAAGAUGAUAGGGGAUACUUGCAAUCUGUUGUUGAGGCUGUAUAUGAAUUGGGAUCUUUAUGAAAGAUUGAAAACUACUUGGGAUGAGAUGGAAAGGUGUGGACUUGGACCUGAUCAGAGAUCUUACACGAUUAUGAUUCAUGGCUUGUUUGAGAAAGGAAGGUUAGAGGAUGCAUUGCAUUAUUUCGAUGAGAUGACAUCGAAGGGACUGGUACCAGAGCCGAGGACAAAAUUGUUGGUGGAUGCCAUGAACAUUACCUUGAAAGACAAGGGAAUUGACUCAGAGAAGGUGGGAACAAAGAACAAGCCAAAUAAGCAUAGGAGAAACUGAAAGUAAUGUGUCUUAACCUUCAACAAAACCAGCCUAAGGAAGAGGAUAUGUUAAAUGAAAUUUAUCAAAUCAAAUUCCAUACACUCUUCACUGGUAUUAGAUGCCUUGCCUAUUUCUUACUUUUUAUCCCACUUUUCUUGAAAUGUUUUUGAGUAUGCUGAGUAUUAAUAUGUAUAAAGAAGCACCUGCCAUAUCAUAUCAUGAAUUGUUUAUGCU